AUGGCCUACAAGUCCCUCCGCCUCGCGCUCGCCCUUCUGGGUGUUGCCAACGCCCUCCCUACCCCCGCCGUGAGCGACGUCAUCCCGGGACAGUACAUUGUCACCCUCCGGCCCGAAGUCGGCCACGAGCUGGAGCUGCACACCCGCUGGGUGUCGGAUGUGCACCGUGAGGGCCUCCGCAAGAGAGGCGGCGACACCGUGGGCGUCGAGAACAAGUUUGACAUCCCCGGCUUCCACGCCUAUGCGGGCUCCUUUGAUGACGAGACACUAGCAGUCAUCAGGGCCAACUCCAGUGUCCUGCGCGUCGAGGAGGACAAGAUUAUCCGCCUCUCCGACACCCAGACGAGCCCGCCGUGGGGCCUGUCGGCCAUCUCCAACCCCAAGGGCUAUGCCGCCAACGCCCCCUACAACUACGACUCGACUGCCGGCUCCGGGAUCUUCGCCUACGUGAUCGACAGCGGCAUCCUGCUCACGCACAACGAGUUCCAGGGCCGCGCCGUCGCGGGCUACAGCACCGGCCGCUCGACCGACCGGCACCACGGCACCCUCGUGGCCGCCAUUGUCGGCGGCGUGACCUACGGCGUGGCCAAGAAGGUGACGCUGGUCGACGUGCAGGUCAUGGACGGCGAGACUGGCAGCACCUCGUCGGUGCUCGCGGGGAUCCAGUGGGCCGUCAACGACGUGAAAGCCAAAGGCCGCGCCAACAAGAGCGUCGCCAACAUGUCGCUCGGCGGCUCGAACUCGGCGACCAUGAACAACGCCGUCCAGGCCAUGGUGGACGCGGGCAUCACCGUCGCCGUCGCGGCCGGCAACGAGGGCAGGGACGCGAGCUCCUCGUCCCCGGCCAACCAGCCCAACGUCAUCACCGUCGGCGCCGCCGACAGCAGCUACCGCCGCGCCAGCUUCUCCAACUACGGCGUCGACGUCGACAUCUUUAGCCCCGGCGUCCAGAUCUUGACCGCCGACUCGACCUCCAACUCAGCCACCUAUACCAGCUCUGGCACCUCCGAGGCCGCGCCGCACGUCGCCGGCGUCGCCGCGUACCUGCUGGGCAAGGAGGGCGCUCAGACACCGGCGCAGGUCAGGGCCAGGAUUGUCGACCUGGCGCUCAAGAAUGUCGUUACAGAUCCCAAGGGCUCGGCAGACCUGUUCUUGCACAUCUAG